AUGAGGGUGGCUACGCAGCAGGGCCUGAAGGAGCAGUACAGGCUGGGUUCGCUGCUGGGGCGCGGCGGCUUCGGCAGCGUCUUCGCGGCCACGCGGCUCUCGGACGGCGCCCCGGUGGCCAUCAAAAGGGUGCCACGCAACCGCGUCCUGCACUGGGGCGAGCUGCCCGACGGCACCAGCGCACCCCUGGAGAUCGUGCUGCUGGCCAAGGUGUCCACUGGCUUCCCUGGUGUGGUCCAGCUGCUGGAGUGGCUUGAGCUCCCCAAGGACAUCUUGAUGGUGCUGGAGCGGCCAAAGCGGUGUCAGGACCUGCAUCGUUUCAUUCGGGCACGGCGGUUCCUGCCCGAGGAGGAGGCGCGGGAGCUGUUCCGCCAGGUGCUGGAGGCCGUGCGGCACUGCACCAGCUGUGGGGUCCUGCACCGCGACAUCAAACCAGGGAACAUCCUGGUUGACCUGGACACUGGGCAGGCCAAAGUAAUUGACUUUGGCUGUGGCACCUACCUGCAAGACACAGCCUACACUCACUUUGCAGGAACACGGUCAUACAGCCCCCCGGAAUGGACCCACUUUGGCCGGUACUAUGGCAAGCCAGCUACCAUCUGGUCCCUGGGCAUCCUGCUGCACCAGAUGGUCUGCGGGGAGCACCCUUUCAGGAGGGGCCAGAACAUCAGCCUGGACCAUCAGCUCUCGCUGCCACAACGGCUCUCUCAAGAGUGCCAAGAUCUGAUCAGGCAGUGUUUAUCCAUGCUGGACUUGGAAAGGCCCUCAUUAGAAGAGCUGUUCUGUCAUCCUUGGAUGAAGGAUAUUCAUCUGCCCUAGAAGAAGGGAGAGAGCCACAGGCACACUUUGAUCCAGGGCCCUGCUGGGGCCCUGGGCAGAGCCCUGAGAGCCUGAUCUGCCCCCAGGGAAGGAGAAGGAGCCCCUGGAGAAGCUGUACCAGGUGGGGCUGCUGCUGUUGGAGAGAGUGAGGAUGACACCAAGGAUGACAAGCUCUUCCUCAGCCUGGCCAGCUGAAGAUGAUGGACUUUGAUUCUGGCACCUUCUUCAAAGCCAGGCUCCACAGUGAAUUUGCAGAUGAGUCCACAUGCAGGGGGAUGUUCUCAGAUUUGGGCAUUGCCCAGCCUGGCUGGGAACCAAAGGCUUCCCCUUUGCUGGGGCAGAUGCAGCUCAUUCUUCAGUGGCUGCCCAGCUGCUUUUGGCAGGGCUGGGGCAUGGCCUGGGGUGGGUACGAAAUGGGAGUGGGCUCCUGGCCCUGCCAACAGCCCCCAGCACCCACCAUGCCCCGGGCUGGGGCUGGGGCAGCCAGCCCGACACAAACAAAGCCCCAUGGUGGGAGCAGAGGUGGGACUCCAGAACUUGUGCAGGGGCUGCUUUGCUGUACAGGCAAGGAAGGGCUUGGGCUUCUCCACUGCCCUUGUUUGCUUUGGGGUCACCGCGAUUUUAGGGGGCAGUGCAGGGGGGGAAGAGAGAAAGUGUGGGCUUCCCUCACCCAUGGAUGGGUUUUUCCCUAUCAUGUGGGGGUUUGGCCUUCCUCAAGGCCCUGACAGAGAUGGGAGUUUUUACUGUUUUUCUUGUUUUCUCUUUUUGUCUCUAAUCUCUUUUCAAUAAUGUGUUGUUUGUUUUUCCAGAGGAAGCGUUCCAGGUGGUCCAGUGUGGAUGGGGAAGUGCUUGGGAGCAGCUGUGGCGUGGAUGGGCCGUGC